GAUAGAGAGAAAACGCUUCGACGACGAAGAAGAAGAAGAGAGACAGAGGAGAGGAGAAGAAGGGAGCUUCCAUAUUCCCUUUUGCCCUAACCGUCGCCAUUUUCAGAGGUUCUUCCCGAAUCCCUAAUUCCCUCUUCUCUCCUCCUUCCGCCGCUUCCCUCCUCCGUUGAAGAAGAUCCCCCCCGCUUCCCAGCCGCUCCGUCGCGCUUCCCCCUCCUCUCCCCGAAUUCCUCCCCGAUCCGAAUUUGGCCCCUCCGUUUCAGAGGGACCCGGUCGCGCUUUCGCCGGCGCCGCGGCCCCGCUGAUGCGAAGUGCCCGCGCAGUUGGCGCGGAGCCGCCGUUUUGAUACCGAGCGCCGCAGCCGUUGCCGUUGCCGUUGCUGGGGAUCCCGCGAAUCGGGGGGGUGAUUGGAUGAUUGAGGAUGCAGCCGCGGGUUGCGGAUUGAAGGCAUUGUUGCGUUGGUGGUGUGUGGUGCGGCAGCUAUGGCUCAGCAAUCGUCGCGACUCAAUCGGCUGCUCACUCUUCUCGACACUGGUUCGACUCAGUCCACGAGGUUCGCCGCGGCUCGCCAGAUUGGAGAUAUCGCCAAGUCGCAUCCCCGGGACUUGGCCUCUCUCUUAAAGAAGGUUGCUCAAUACCUUCGUAGUAAGAAUUGGGAUACGAGGGUUGCUGCAGCUCAUGCUAUUGGCGCCAUUGCUCAGAAUGUUAAGCACACAUCUGUGAAUGAGAGAAAAUAAUCUGAAAAAUGAGCCCCCUUUAAUUUUUGGUGGGAAAAUCCUUAUAUACCUCCCCCAAGUUUGAAUUCUAGUCAUUUAAUUGAUCCAAUGGCCUAAAAUCUUCCCUUAGUGAUUAAGAAUAUUCCUUAGAGGCUAAGGAUAAGUGACAUGGUACUAUGGAUGGCCAUGAUGCAAUUUUAAAUGAACGGCCAUGACUUAUUUGCUUAA